AUGUAUGAUAAGCAAAGGCAAAAGCGAACUCUGCCUAAAGGAGAGAUACCGCACAAAGGUGGCCACUCCAUUCAGGCGGCUCGCGAGUUAAUCGAAGCCCCGAUAGCACCAGCACCUCUCCCCGGCCAAAGCGUGUUCACCACCUUUACAGCCAUGUCAAUGGGCUUUGCCAAGGUGGUUAACUGUUGA